AUGAGAGCAGCUGAACGCAUUUAUUGUCGAGAACAAACAGACUAUGGAAAUCAAACAUUGGUUCAAGUAUUAAUUAUUUCAAAUAAAAAUAUAAUCAAUGAAUCAAAAGCUCGUCAAGCUUUAAUAAAACUUUAUCAAGAUUAUUGUCCAGUUCUUGGCUAUAAAAUUUGUCCAUCAGAUGAUCAAACAACACUUGUAUACAAAUCAAAAGAUAAACAAGAUGCAGAACAAGAUCUUAUGUCUAAUUUCAAAUACGAACAGGAUAUCGAUUGGCAUGAAGUAUUCGAAAAUGAACUUAACAUUCCAUUUGAUAGCGAAAACUUAUCACGUUGGAUAAUAAUCAAUGGUCAUAUUCUUAUCAUGUCAUUUCAUCAUGUAACUGUUGAUGCAAAAAAUUUAUUUUAUGUUGGUCGACAAUAUCUUUUAUUAUGUUCAUCAUCACCAAAUAAUUUAAAAAAUAAUAUAUUUCUUGAACCAAUGGAAAAAUAUUUAUUUAAUAAAUAUUCAUAUGAAAAAAUAUCCGAUCUUGACUUAAAACCAAGGCCUAUUCGACCAAAUCCAAUCACAUCACGAACAAGUGUUCGUCAUUUUUAUUUUUCUAAACAAAUACUAAUGCAAUUGAAAGAUCAAUGUCGUGUAUAUGGAAUACGUUUAAAUAGUAUUCUAACAUUGAUUACAGCUAAUGCUUAUUAUUUAGCAUGUGAUUAUAAUGAAGAAAAAAUUUUAAAAAUUCAUAUGAUGGUUAAUAUAAGACCACAACUUAAACUUGAUUAUGAACAAACUGGUAUGUUUGCUACUGUAUUUGAUUGUUUUGUUAAUAUUAAUCAACAAUCUAUAUCAUCUAUAUGGUCAAAUGCAAUUAAACAACAUCAUGAUCUUCAUCAUCGAAUAAAGGAAAAAGAAUAUAUAAUGAAUUGUAAAAAUGAUACAGAUUUAUUAAAAAUGAUUAAUAAUAAUGAAUAUUUUUCAUGUGAUGAUGUUCAUUUUGCAUUUAGUAAUCUUGGUUUAUUAUCAAAUACAAAUCAUAAUCAAAUUGAAGAACAUUAUUUUGGUGUAUCACUUAUUGAACAACGUUGGACAAGUUCCAUAUUGGUUGGUAUUAGUACAAUAAAGGAUCAUCUGUGUGUUACUAUUACAUACAACAAAAAUAAAGUUGAAAAAGAUUUUAUCGAAAAAUGGAUUGAAAAAAUUUAUUAUUUACUUGAACAAAUAUAA